AUGCCUGGUGGGAACGUGCAUCUUGUGGUAGUGCACCACGGACUAUGGGGCUCUCCCGAGAACACCGCGUACCUGUGCACGACGCUUGCGCGGUUUCACGGCGGUGUCGCGACGCCUAGUAGCAAGCUCACACCCCCCGAGUCCGAGGCGACGCUCUCCGCGCAUGCCGACACGCACGCCAACGCGGGCGCUGAUACGCGGCUGGUUGUGCAUAACAGCUCCGCCAAUGCGGCCGACCAUACGUACGACGGCAUCGACUGGUGUGCCGAACGACUUGUAGCCGAGAUCUACGCCCAGAUCACCGCACUCGAAUACGAUGAAGCUAGAGUCACCAAACUCAGCCUGGUGGGGUACUCGCUGGGAGGGUUGGUGGUGAGGUACGCAGCGGGGUUGAUGUAUCUCGACGGUGUGUUCGGCGACAGGACCGCGACGGUGGACUUCAAGUCGCGACCCGAGGCAGCCUCGCUAUCUACCAUCGCCACACCCCACUUGGGCAUCCUUGAAACGGGCACUACCUUUAGCAAGGUUGCUGCAUUCUUUGGCGGACGAAUCUUAGGCAGGACAGGAACACAGCUCUACCUCAAGGAUCGUAGUUGGAUUCCAUCUAAAGGGUCGCAGGGCAUGUGUUUGCUCGAAGCCCUCGUGGAUGAUCGCUUUGCUUUCAUUUCUGCACUCAAGCUGUUCAAGCGCAUAGAUAUCUACGCCAAUGCGGUUGCCGAUCUUACGGUACCUUAUCGGACUGCUGCAUUUGAACAACACGAUCCCUUCGUACUUCCUCUAACACUGGAGCGAGAUCCAGACUUCCCAGUUCUCCUCACCUCAUACACAUCAAAGACGCCCGAACCAAAGUCGACGUGGUCCAAAGUGUCGUCGAAACUUUCACCUCGCAACCUGCCGUGGAUCUUGAAUCCACAACGCAUCCCUUUCCGCUUCCCACUCAACUACGCUGCAUGGUUAGGCCUUCCCAUCCUCGUCCCCGUCAUGAUCGGUCUGGUCCUACACAAGCUCAAGUCCGACAGCAAGGUAUCCAACAAACGAGUGGCGCAGUUCGAACAAAAGUACGCCCAAGAUCACAAUCACCCCCCAGCAUCCGCUGCAGACGAGAUGCAACAGAAACGCUUCGCUAGACUACUCGCCACCGUAGAGGCAGAUGCCGAAGAAUCCCUGCGCGAACUAGGCGAAGACUUUGUAGACAUCCAACCCAAAACCCCAUCACACGACAACAUCAACUCAACCCCAACAUCCAUCUCUACAACAGCGAACAACACCGCAAAGUCAGAACUCCCCCUCUCAGACAUCCAGAACCGCAUCGCUUCCACGCUCAACAACAAAGCUAUCCUGCCCCAGGUGCAGAAACACCUCGCCCAUUUCGACGACGUCCUCAACGCACAUGCCGUCAUCAUCGUCCGAACCACCACCAUCGAUGCACACAAGAAGGGCAUCCCCCUCAUCAACGCCUUCACCCACCGCUUCGCUCUCUAG